AUGGACCCAAGUCAUUCUUCAUUACCAGAUGGAGUAGGAGCUUCGCUUCAAUCACCGGGGCUUCGCGAUGCUCAAGACGAUCCCCACUGCUCUCAUUUGACUGGGGAGGCUUCCGCUGUUAUUAACAAUCAUAAAGGAGGAGAUACUCCUUUAACUGGGGCCCAGCCAGCUGUAAAAGUUCUAUUAAGCACCGGGGAUGUGAUUAUCGAAUACGUUCCCCCAGACAGCUCUCCUGUUUCUCCUGGAAACGCUAGUCACCGUUGGCAGGUCUUAAGUGACGAUCUUAUGAGGAACAGUCCCUACUUUCGGGCCUUGCUUGACCCUAAUAAGUUCUCUGAAGGCAGGGAUUUCAUCCAACAGAAGGCGAUGUGGAGCCAGGGUACCACCACUGAGGGUGGAGAAUCUUUAUCUGAUGAUACUUCGAUCCAGUAUACCCUGCCAACAGUCAGGUUACCGGUGGAUCAUCUCCCGCAAAAGCUUGGGGUAGAUGCUAUCGAACUGUUCCUCCAAGUGCUAUCGUUCAACUCAUUCGAGGAAGAAGAGAAAGCCAAGUUCGGCGGGGAGCUCAGAAUUCAGCUUACCUCAUUAGUUGCUAGGUUAAUAGAGCUAGCUGAUUCCUUCAACUCUCCCUAUGUCAUCCGGGAAGCUUUAAAAAGGUCUGGGUAUGCAUUUGGGAAAGGAAGGAUUCCCCUGUCGAGGUUCGAUUCCUCGGCACUGAGAUUGAAUAUGGACGCAUGCGCUGAUCCUUACUGGGUCAAAGUUUUGGGUAAAUGGUGUGGAACCACCUACUUCACCUACCGUCCGCUGGCGGUAUCUUUCCGAUGGUCUAGAAGCGAAGAAAAGGAACUGGGAAGCGUGAUCUGA